CAUUGAUUGAAACUCACUUUGUGUGAUUAAGCAAUAUCGUCUUACUUAAUGAUUACUAAAGAGCAGAGAUUCUAUCUGGAGAUAUUAUAAAAGAAGCAUUCGGUUCGAUCCGUUACUAACUAUAGCUUUGAUUAUAUGCAAUACUAGCUAAACUUAUCUUCGGGACUUGUUUCGCGAAGCAGCAGUAACAUUUUUAAUUAUUUUCUUUUUAUACAGAAAAAAAAAUGGCAAAUAAAAUAGAUCUUGAAGACAUACAAGAGAUCAGAGAAAAGUUUCCUUUCAAGAACUUGAAGAUUCAAGAUGAUACAAUACUCUAUCAAAAUGUCGAUAGAAAUACUUGUAGCACUUGUCAAAAACAAAUGAAACACUAUUGCUACUUUUGUUUUCAAGUGCUAGGUAUGGACCGAUCGCAAGUACCGAUCGUUAAACUACCAAUUCCUUUGGAUAUAAUUAAACAUGAAGGAGAAACGGAUGGCAAAACAACAGCAAUUCACGCAAAAGUAUUGGCCGUUGACGAUGUGAACAUUUAUAAUUGGAAAAAAAUGCCACAAUACAGUCAGCCGGAACGAGUGUUGAUGUUGUUUCCAGGACCCGACGCAAAAAAACUAAGCGAAAUUCCACGAAAUUCUUUCGACCAUAUGAUAGUCAUUGAUGGUACUUGGAAACAGGCAAAUAAGAUUGUUCGAGAUACACCAUUAUUACAAAAAGUACAGAAAGUAACCAUUGAACCCCGUUCGACAUUUUUUUGGCGCUAUCAGGAAAUAAGUAUCAAUUACUUAUCGACAAUUGAAGCAAUCUACUACUUGUAUGUAGAAUAUGCUCAAGCCUAUGAAGAGGGAGAUUAUGAUGGAAAAUAUGAUAACUUGAUGUUUUAUUACAAGUAUAUGUAUGAUCUAAUUCAAUACUCAUACUUGAAGGGAGAAAAAAAGGGUAAAGAAUAUUGUUGGAGACACAAAUCAAACUACAUCAAAGAUAGAUAUCAAGAAACAGUCAAACGAGAUGCUGCAGGCAAAUUCAUUGAAUAAAAAAAUCCUGAGAAAGGCACAAUCCUUGAUAAUACGCUAAUCGAGUAUGAAAGAAGAGAAUUGUAGCUACUUUGGUAUAUUAAUAUACCAUCAGCAAAUGGAGAAUAUGGUUUGUCCGAUAAUCUUGUAUCUGACUUUUUUUUAACCUUAAAAAGUGAAUUAUGAGACAAGACAAUUGGUUAAUAAAAUUGAGCAUA